CUGGUUACUUGCAGAAUGCUGGUACUACUAUUGGUGUUAUGCCUGGCUGGAGGGAGCGGGACGUCUAAGGUCAUCCUAGAGAGAAUCGGUGACGCGGUCAUCACCCAAGGAUACUACAGCAUGAGGAUGCGGGUCCUGGCGGUUCUAUUUCUAUUUCAUAUGACAACAAAUGAUACCAGAGCAACGGAACAGAACGUUUUAGUUAUGUCCAAAAACCUAACUACCGUUGAUGAACAAUUUCCAUCUAGAAGAGUUCAUGGAAGAACAAUACAGCGACUGAUUGGUGGCCAUCAACUUUUUAACCCGGUCUCACCCAUAAGCAUUGGAACUAACAACAUAAAUAAUUCGCUCGAUGAGUUACCAUGGCUUUCUUCUACAGCAGCAAAUGGGCAUGAAAAAGGAGUUAAUGUUAUCACUGAGAAUACAGAAUAUAGAAAGACAUUAGCCGAUCAAGUAGCAGAAGGAAAAUAUGGUUUAAUUCAUAGAGAAUUGUUCAAAACUACACCACGUCGACCCGGAGUACUAAAUUACCUAUCGAAUUUUGAGAUACCGGAAGAUGAUGCUGGAAAUUUGGGAGGUUUGAGCGACGAAGAGAUAUGGCUCUCAGAGGGUCACUUGCUAGUUCUGAAAGGAGAUGCGUUAAACAAAAUCAACAAAAACAAAUUGGAAGCACGCAUAAAAAACGUAUUACCGGAACAAAUAACUACUACUGAAAAAAUUGAUAAAAAAAAUGCCAUAUCGAAACCUUCAAACAUCACGGGUAUACGAAAGGAAACAAAUAAAUACAUUGUUGAAAUCGAAAAAGUGAAGGUAAAAACUUUUUCUACACAAAGUACUACAACUCAUCAAACUGUCCCUACAACAAGUGCCACUCCUGUAUCAAAAAAUCCACCAGUUAGCAAUGUUAGUAAUGAAAAACCAAUAAGAUUAAAGUCACUUUCACCUCGGACAUAUCUUCAUAAAAUAAAAAAUUCUUCCCCAUCUACACAUAUUUCAGUAAAUCAACGGAAUGUUAAGAGUAAACCCAUAUACUAUGAGUAUUUUGAUGCUAGAAAACCUACAAUACACUUAUACGACCAUUACAUAUCAACUACACCUCCACAAUCCGUACCUAUUGUUGGUACAUAUGGGGUAUUGUAUAUUAAAGAACAGAUAAACCAGACCAGCGCUUCGAAUAAAAAACGCCCACCGCCGAAAGAAUAUUUGCCAAGUAAAAACGAAGACAUGUGGCAUCUGGAACCUAAGAUAGAAAAUCUUCGAUACAAACCUAUGCAGGAAUUCAAUAGAGAAAUUGAAACAAUUCGACAAACCUUGCGCUACUUCGAUAAUACAAUACCUCUUCUAGACAAUCUUCCUACACGUAAGGCUAGGCCGACAUAUGACUUCAACAUAGAUUUAGCUCGCAUCAAAACACCAUUUGCGCCACAAUUAAAAUCCAUUCACUCAAUUGUAAAUCAACCCGUAAACGACAAUUUCAGACAUACAACUAAACAAAAUCAACAUGCUAACGGUAGGCCAUUGUACUACAAACCAGCUCAGAAUUAUAAUAGCAACUUGAGAGAUCAUUCCCUUAAUAUAGAACUUACUAGCGCUAACCCCCUCUUAGAUUUUACAGUAUUUACCACCUCCAAACCGAUUUAUUUGGAACGGCCUAACUGGUAUAGUAUAAAAAAAAUAAUGGUGCAUGACAUACCAAAUCCACUAAUAUACAAUAAUGGUGCUAGUGGAUACAAUCAAAAAUUAUAUUUGCCUAGUAAAAAUUCUUUCCAAGCAGGACCUAUUGUUACAAAAGCCACUCUAGCUUCGUCACAUGGGUAUGAUCACAGCUAUAUACUGAGACGACCAUCCAGGCUAAGAGCGGUGACAAAUCACUCUUCCCAAAUUCAACGGUCAAAGACAAUAACACAUCUUGAAAAGGACAUACUGGUCAAUUAUAAACAUCCGUUGCCCGAGGAGAAUUCUGAUAGUGAGAUACUGUCAUAUCACGGUAUACCUACCAAAUCUUACAUUAAAUAUCACCAACCUGUUGAAAAUACUAACGUUUAUUUCACGCCCCGUGAUUCGUAAGGAUCGUCUGGAAAUCAGUAAGGUGAACACAAAUAUUAUAACCUUGAAUGGCAUAGGAAAUUCUUUAUAAUUGUGAUAAUAGAAAAUCAUCCAUGUAAAAUAUUAGCAAACGAAAUAAUAUAUAUUAUUUAUUUCAAAAUUAUAAAUUAUGAUCAAGUUUUCCAUAGUCGAAGCAUCUGAACAAAACUAACUGUCAAAAGAAA